AUGGAGCAUCCUUACCCAUGCCGACUAGGACAGGAAUCGCCAGCCCUGCAGCCAGGCAAUCUUCCACAGUCUUCCAUUUUGGAAGACCAUACCAAUACUGCAGCCACUUCCUUGCUCAAAUUGUCCACACAGGGAGCAUCCCCCCCCAGCCAACAGCUUGUCCUCUCGCCCCUGCGCAGCCGUACCAUGGCAUCUGAGGAGCACCAGCGGGACCCAGCUGUGGGGGGCGGGCGCCCCCAGGUUUCUGCGCAGACAGAAGGAGGGGGGCAGCCGAGCGCGCAGCCGCAGCAAACUGGCCAGCAGCAGAAUGGCCAGCCGCAGCAGCAUGUCCAGCGGGACCCGCCCGCGCCUGAGCCUUUCCCAGGAGGUAGGCAGCCCGGCUUAGCCGCUUUGGCCGCAUCUGCAUUCUAUCCGCCGCUUAAUGCAGAGCAGCUAGAGACUUUGGAGACUGGUUUUGGACCGCUUUACAACAGCCUGGAAGAUACUCCGCUGCGAGAGUUUGGCAGCAGCUUGCCUCCCCUGUCUUUCUUCUCCGAAAUAGAACAGCUGGCAGCGACAAUCACGUCAGAUUUGCCAGAUGACGACGACGUCCCUGAGCUAGAGGACCCAGUCGAGCCAGAAGGUGCGUGGGAGGAGAAGAACGUAGACAUGUCUCAGAACCACCGCCGGUUUGUGCCAAAUUUUGGCAGAACCGAGUCUUCUUCUUCUUCGGAUGCUCAGUCAGAAGAUCCAUCCUAUCAGCCGUCAGACCAGGAAACUAGUGAGAUCGAGUACUGCGGACGGCAGCCCCGCUACGACUCGAACCACUCUGAAGUGGGUUCGGACAACGACAUCCUGCACCCCUGGUCCUCCACCCACAUCAUCAACGACUCCCAGGACUACCCCUGCUUCUGGGAUGACGUUCCCCGGGACGAGCAGCGGCUGAUCGGCGACGUGGUCCAGCGCCGCGUCCCCACCCAGGGCUCCGAGAAGCACGCUGGCAAGGUGGACCGCAAGCUCAUUGCGGUCCAGUGCAACUUCUUCGUCAUGGGCGACCGGGAGGCCGCCCACCGCUGCGUCAGGUACAUCCGGACAGCCGACCGCCUGGAGGCUGAGUUCCGGCGCCGCCGGGAGGAGAGGGAGCCCGCCCCGGCCCCCAAGCGCCCCAAGGGCGGCAUCUUCACCAUGCUCAACAGCCUCGACAACCGGAUGGCCAACUUCGAGCAGCACCUGCCGGCCCUCCAGAAGAUCGCCCCCGCAGCACCAGCCCAGCCCAGCCCCUCGUCCGCCCAGGGCCAGCCCCAGCAGGCUGCCCCUG